AUGGACGAAGAAAGUUUAAUAAGAAUAAUAGUGAGUGCGUUCUCUGGUGCAGAAAUAACUGAAGCUAAAAACUUGUUAUUUGAUUCGGUUAGUACCACUACACGUAAUAUUUCGAGACGCAAGAACAAAGAACAAAAAGAUAUUGAAGAUAUCAUUUGCUUAUUUAAGAGCACAGAUCCGGAUAAAACUCCCAUCUUCGUGGCGCGGGAACUGCAGAAAUUACCGCCGGUUACUUUCGACCAUGUCGACGUAACAAGAUUAUUAAAGGAUAUUGUGCUGUUACAAUCGGAGGUUCGAAACAUAAAAGACACCUAUGCUACAAUACAGUAUGUUGAGGACAUAACAACUAACACUGAAGCCACCUGCAACCAAUCGAGAAACAAAGACUUCGAUGUUUCGUCAAAACAAUUAUCACAAAAUGUAGGUGCGCGUAAAUUAUUACGCGCCGAUCGCGCAUCCAGUGACGUGACCUUGAACGCGACAUUGCAAUGCUCGAGCGAGGUGGCCCCGCCCCCAAGCACAGCAGUAUGCGCGAAACCAAUAGAUGUUAGCACUGCGCAUGGGAACCCAGAUGUAAACAAAAACACGACUACCAAUGUUAUUACGAAUGGAAUAAAGACUAAGUUUCCGUUGCAUAAUCUGGUUGAACAAAAAAGUACUUUCCAAAGUAAUAAUAAUAUUGUAGAACAAGAGUGCUUGUUUCAAAAUGUUGAAGCGCACAAAAAUAAUAAUAUGAAUGAUACUACAAUCCAAGUAAGUAAUAUGUCUAUGGCGGAGGUGGUUCGUCAUGGAUGCGAAUGGAGGGUGGGACAGCCUGACCUGGAAUGGAAGGAGGUUCAGCGGCGUCGACAUAAAAAUAGACAGGAAGGUGUUAAGGGCAAGGCAGCCAUCAGACCAGAUGACAAAUUUAAGCCAGCUGAAAUAAAAAUAAGUCUGUUUCUAUCGAAUGUACACAAGGAUACAUCGGAAAAUGAUAUAAUUGACUACAUAUUUGCAAAAACAAAGGAAUCGGUUUCUAUACAGAAGAUUAAAAUGAAAAUAGAAAAACCAUAUAACGCGUACAAGUUAAUUGUGAAUAAAGACGCCCUAAGUAUGUUUUUGAGUACAGAAGUCUGGCCCGACGGUGUUACUUGUCGGCGUUUCAGACCAUACAGAACUACCGUCAAAGUCGGCGAAUAA